AUGGCGGCUCCAGACCCUAAGAAGAGAGACGUUCUAAUAUCGAAAGCAUUGUCAUAUUUACUCCGACACGGGGCCAUUAAAGAAAAUCUUACAAUUAGUGAGGACGGAUAUAUUAAAAUAUCAGAUCUUUUGAAUCAUAAUCGAUUGAAGAGUAAUAAAACUACUUAUGAAGAUAUUCAACGAAUUGUGAUUGGAAAUGAUAAACAAAGAUUUACAAUAAGUGAAGAUGGGGAGUAUAUUUGUGCUAAUCAAGGACAUUCAUUGAAGGUUAUAAGCAAUAAUAAUCUUACGUUAUUCACCCAAGAUAAUAUCCCGCAUGAGAUAUAUCAUGGAACAUACAGAAAUAAGCUUGAAGCUAUACUUAUAAGCGGUGGGUUGUCUAAAAUGAAUCGUAAUCACAUACACUUUACUUCAACAGAGUUAUCAAAUAUUUCAGGUAUACGACAGAACGCCAAUGUAUUGAUAUAUCUUGAUGUAGAAGAAUGUUUGAAAAAUGGUAUAAAAUUUUAUAGAAGUUUAAACGAUGUUAUACUCAGUGAAGGCAACGAAAAUGGAAUUAUAAGUUCCAAAUAUUUUGCCAAAGUAGUAGAUUUGAAACUGAAUCAAGAAAUUGAUAUUAGCCAAUAUUGA